AUGGAUGUCUCUGAAACCUCUAGAGUUGAGAUAGAUACUUCAGCUCCAUUUGAGUCAGUUAAAGAAGCUGCAAGUAGAUUUGGUGGAAUUGGCUUUUGGAAACCCACUCUCAAUAAGUCUUCUCAGGAUGCUGAAGAGAAGGUUGACAUUGCAAAAGUGGAAGAACAGGCUGCGCAGUUGGAAAAAGAUCUCAUUGUAAAAGAGAGGGAAACACUUGAGGUGUUAAAAGAACUGGAAAGCACUAAAGUUAUGAUAGAAGAGCUGAAAUCGAAGUUGCAGAAGGAGACAUAUGAGGUCAAUGCUACACUAAGUACCGAUGCCGAAGCUAAGGAUGCACAUCUUACUGAUGAAGUAGAAAAAAAGGAAAACAUUGUAAGCAGUAAUCAGGAUGGUUUGGAUCUGUGUCCCUCUUCAGCUCCAGGUUUUAUCUUAUUGGAAUUAAAACAGGCUAAACUAAACUUGACCCGGACAACUAGUGAUCUUGCUGAUAUUCGAACCACUGUUGAAUCAUAUAACAAGAAAAUCGAAAAAGAAAGAAUCUUGCUUGAGAGGACUCGCCAAAAAUUAUCUUCAAAUUCCUCAAAGGUUUCAUCUCUUGAAGAAGAGUUAAACAAAACAAAAGAAAAACUAAAGCUGGUGAAACAUGCCGAAGAUGGUUCUUGUGAUCCUAUCGAUUUGACGAGGGAGCUCCACAGACUGACUAAUGAGACCGAUCAGUUUAAGAAAGUUGGAGAAGCUGCUAAAUCAGAAGUAUUGAAGGCUAUAUCUGAGAUUGAACAUACAAAAACAAGAAUCAAAACAGCGGAGAUAAGGUUGGUUGCGGCGAAGAAGAUGAAAGCAGCAGCUAGAGCUGCUGAAGCUGUUGCUCUUGCUGAAAUCAAGGCCAUAUCAAGCACUGAGAAAGGGGUAACUCUUACCUAUGAGGAGUAUUCAUGUCUAUUGUCCAAAGCUAAAGAUGCAGAAGAAGCUAGCAAGAAAAGAGUAGAAGAUGCAAUGAUGCAAGUGGAUGAAGCUGAUGUGUCAAAAUCCGAAAUCUUGAAGAAAGUAGAAGAAGCUACAGAAGAAGUUAAAGUUAGUAAGAAAGCAUUAGAAGAAGCACUGAGCAGAGUGGAGGCUGCAAAUGAAGGAAAAUUAGCAGUAGAGGUAGCUCUGCGCAAAUGGAGGUCCGAAAAUGGACAGAGAAGACGUUCUAUACAGAACUCAACCAAGUUCAAAAAUCCUUCUUCAUCUCGGAAAGACUCUGUCCUGGUUGAUGUCAAUGGCCUCACUCUUGUAAAUGAUGAGUUAAAACCAGUUCUAAAGCCGACUCUAUCAAUAGGGCAAAUAUUGAACAAGAAGUUGCUUUUGACCGAAGAGUUUGAGAAGGGAAAAAAGGCUGGAAAGCGUACAGUAUCGCUAGCACAGAUGCUCGGGAAAAACACUGGUGAGUUGCAUUUAACUCGGAAGGAUGAGAAGGAGAAUGGAGUUAAGCAUCAUCUCCCGGCAAAAAGAAAAAAGUUUGGUUUUGCUAAGAUCUCGCAUCUUGUGAAUCAACACUCCAAGAAAAAGAAGCAGCACACUACAAGUUUGAGGUGUAGAUCAGCUGAGUGAAUUAUUAUUACUAACUCGGUUUAAACAAUGUGAAUAACUUAGGUAAGGACUAUGUUGGAGUUUAUCUAAUCUAGAUUGUGUUAGCUUGGUUUGUAACUUAUGUUUGCUUUGAUGUAUGAUUUAGUUGAUUUUAUCCGUUUGUGUAGAUCAGCUUAUUGAAUUACAACCAACGUGAUUUGUACCAUGUGAUGAUUUGGUCAGGUACUUUCUUGUGGAAUAUUUAAGCUGUGUUAGCUUGAUUUGCAACAUAUGUUUGCUGUGA